GCAUCGCCGUUACAAGUCGGUUCGGCAGCGCAGCCCAUCGCCCAAACACCACGUGGACCCAGCCAAGGCGUCAUGUCUUCAUCGACCCCGAAGAGUGACGAAAAAACAAUGAAAUCCAAAAUGGAUAUUGCUGAAAUCCAGCACAAUCAGUCUUUUGCAUUAGCUCCAUCAAAAGGUCUUCAGGAAUUGGACACCUCAGAUUGGCCCUUAUUAUUGAAGAAUUUUGACCGGUUAAAUUUUCGUACAAAUCACUUCACUCCAAUUCCAAGUGGUUGCUCACCUCUCAAACGGCCCAUAGCUGAUUAUGUUAGUGCUGGUUUUAUGAAUUUGGACAAACCAGCCAAUCCAUCGUCCCAUGAAGUAGUGGCUUGGAUAAAACGGGUUUUACGUGUCGAGAAAACAGGCCAUGGUGGUACUCUUGAUCCCAAAGUCACAGGUUGUCUUAUUGUAUGCAUCGGACGAGCAACUCGUAUUGUGAAAUCUCAACAGGGUGCCGGGAAAGAAUAUGUUUGCAUUUUCAAACUUCACAGUAUCGUAAGAGAAGAGACAAAACUUCUUCAGUGCCUGGAACGACUAACGGGAGCCUUGUUUCAACGCCCUCCCCUUAUUUCUGCAGUUAAGCGACAACUUCGGAUUCGGACAGUCUACCAGUGUAAAUUGCUUGAAUAUGAUGCUGACAAUACCCUCGGGAUAUUUUGGGUGAGCUGUGAAGCCGGAACUUACAUCCGUACCAUGUGCGUUCACUUGGGACUCAUGCUUGGUGUUGGUGGUCAAAUGCAAGAAUUACGAAGAGUGCGGUCUGGGAUCCAAUCAGAAAAGGAUGGUUUGGUCACACUGCACGAUGUCAUGGAUGCCCAGUGGGUUUACGAUCACCACAAAGACGAGGCUUAUUUGCGGAGGGUCAUAAAACCUCUUGAAGCUUUGCUUGUUUUACACAAGAGAAUCAUUGUGAAAGAUUCUGCCGUAAAUGCUGUGUGUUACGGCGCCAAAAUCAUGUUACCAGGAGUUCUCCGCUACGAUGAUGGCAUUGAAAUCAACCAGGAAAUUGUGAUAGUCACUACCAAAGGAGAAGCUGUCUGCAUCGCCAUUGCCCUGAUGACGACGACUGUUAUCGCAAGUUGUGAUCAUGGAAUUGUUGCUAAAAUAAAGAGGGUUAUAAUGGAACGAGAUACUUACCCAAGAAAGUGGGGUCUUGGACAAAAAGCAAUUGCAAAGAAACUCAUGAUUUCCCAAGGUUUACUCGAUAAAUAUGGUAAACGGAAUUCUAGUACACCAGCAGAUUGGGAUGAAAACAAAGAUACACUGCAGAAGUUAAUUAAAACUGAACCACCAUCAACUGAUGGAAAAGCAAUGAAACGGAAACAUGAACCAAGCAGCAGUUCCAAUGAAGAACCAGCAGCAGCGGAAGGUUCCGGAAAGAAAGAGAAGAAGAAGAAGAAAAAGAAGAAAACCGAUGACGAAGAGGAAGUAAAAGAGGCCAAAAAAGAAGCUGGCAGCAGUUCCGAGGAUGACGCAACACAGAGUUCUGCGAAGAAAGAAAAGAAGAAAAAGAAAAAGAAGAAAACUGAUGAUGAAGGAGAAGAAGAGGGUGAAAAGAAGAAGAAGAAGAAGAAAAAGAAGAAGAAGGAAGGCAAAGACGACGAUGACUAAAUAAUAUAUAUGUAUAUAUGAGAAGUACACAUAGCAAAUUAGGGAGAAGCACACCAAGGUAAGGUGGAAAAGGCUGAUCCGGUUCAGCAGGGAAGUCCAUUCCUCCAUUCCUGCAAAUCUGACUUAGCCUGGUUCAUUCCUCAGUGGCCCCCACUUCUAAUUUACUAAAGGCCCUCAAAGGCCUUUGUAAUAUUGUUGGAUUACAAAUAGCAUAGACUUCUGUGUACUUCUCAGACUGGCUUACUUAAAGGCACUAUUCUGCUAUAUAUAUAUAUAUAUGUAUAUAUAUAUAAUAUAUGUGUGUGUGUGUGUAUAUAUAUAUAUAUAUAUAUAUAUUUAUAUAUAAUAUAUAUAUAAUGUGUGUGUAUAUAUAUAUAAUGUGUAUGUGUGUGUAAUAUAUGUAUACAUGUAUGUUUGUGUGUGUGUGUGUGUAUAUAUAUAUAAUAUAUAUAUUUGCUUUUCCAUCAAUGUAAACUUACAAAAGACCUAUUGAGAUCAUUUUUCUGUUACAUUUAAUUCUUUCAUAGAAUUUUACACUCAAUAUUUGUUCUUCAACAAAUCAUGGACUCCAAUGGUUUUCAUUGACAUUAAAAAGACAAUACCUUUUCUUCACACCUUCUUGCAUCAUAUUACAGCUGGUCAUUGUUAUAACUUUACAUCAAUGGACACAAUAAAUCAUUUUGAAUUU